AUGUGGAGGGUCAUAUUACUUUGUUUAUUUGCGACGGCAGAAGAAACGGUCGAUCACGGCACACCCAACAAGCACGUUGUCCGUGCUCAUGAGAGACCGGCUGAUUUCGACCAUCAGGCCAUCCUCGGCUCCAAGAGAGAUGCUGCCCAGUUCGACUCUUACUCUGCAGAUGAAUCGAAGAAGCGCUUACGGGUCAUAGCUACCAAGCUGGACCAGAAUAAGGACGGAGAAGUGACCGUGAAGGACUUGGAAGACUGGGUAUACAAGUCUCUUAUGUCUUUGGAUGAAGAAGAGACUCGAGAGAGGUUCGAGGAGGUAGACCAAGGUAAGUAAAGCCUUUAAGACAUUCCAUUUUUAGACCAUAAUGGCAAAGUUACUUGGAAGGAGUAUGUAACUGAAGCCUUUGGGACAGAAGACGGGAAGGGACUUGACCCAGAGUACAACAAACUGAUGGAGGAGGACAGAAUCUACUUCGAUGCUGCCGAUUUGGACAAGGAUGGAGCUCUGUCAGAACAAGAAUUCAUCACUUUCCAGAAUCCCGAACACCAUCCUCACAUGCACACUGCCUUGAUUAAGGUCAGUUUUAAAGAUUUCGUCUAAAAUCAUAAGAACUAAUAAUUGUGUAGCAAGUGAUAACAAAAUUGAUUUACAGAACACGCUAUCAGAAAAAGACGUUGACAAAGAUGGCCGUAUCAGUGAGAAGGAGUUCCUGGGAGAGAUCUACGAACAACCACAGUCCGAGUUCUACGUGACCGAGAAGUCGAGAUUCAAGGAAGAGUACGAUAGAAACAAGGAUGGAUACCUGGACGGCGAGGAACUGGUCGACUGGCUUAUACCUAAUUUGCAUACUGUAGCACGAGAAGAAGCCGAACACUUGUUUUCAUCGGCCGACAAAGAUAACGUGAGUCUACCCUUAUUAAAUUGGUGUUUAUAUUGAGUAUUGUUAUCCAUAGAGUAUUAACCUUUUAUCUUCUAGUAUAAUAUUACAUUUAUUAGCUUUUUCUUUCAUGACUAGAGUUAAUAAUAAUUUAGGAUGGGAAGCUGACCAUCGACGAGAUUGUCGACGACUACUCCACCUUUGUAGGCUCUGAAGCCACCAACUUCGGAGAACAGCUGAACGAAGUUGCUCACGAGGAGUUGUAA